UGGGCACUUUAAGGAGGGGGCGGGCCCGGAGGCGGUGGCCCCAGGAGCGAUUGCCGCGGGGACAGGGCGGUGACGCGGCCCGAGGGCGGAAGUGAAAAACUUGCCCCGGCGCCCCGAGACAAGUUGGCGGAGCUGUGCGCGCGGCGCGACGAUGGGGGGCUCGGGCAGUCGCCUGUCCAAGGAGCUGCUGGCCGAGUACCAGGACUUGACGUUCCUGACCAAGCAGGAGAUCCUCCUAGCCCACAGGCGGUUCUGUGAGCUGCUUCCCCCAGAGCACCGGAGUGUGGAGCAGUCACUGCAGAUACGAGUGUCCUUGGAGCAGAUCCUCAGCCUUCCAGAGCUCAAGGCCAACCCCUUCAAGGAGCGAAUCGGCAGGGUCUUCUCCACAUCCCCCGCCAGGGACAGCCUGAGUUUCGAGGACUUCCUGGACCUCCUCAGUGUGUUCAGUGACACAGCAACUCCAGACAUCAAGUCCCACUAUGCCUUCCGCAUCUUCGACUUUGAUGAUGAUGGAACCUUGAACCGUGAAGACCUGAGUCACCUUGUGAACUGCCUCACAGGACAGGGCGAGGACACACGGCUUAGUGCUUCGGAGAUGAAACAGCUCAUUGACAACAUCCUGGAAGAGUCUGACAUUGAUAGGGAUGGCACCAUCAACCUGUCAGAGUUCCAACACGUCAUCUCCCGUUCACCGGACUUCGCCAGCAGAAAACCCGACCCACUCUUCUCUGUUCAGCUCCUUUAAGAUUGUCCUGUGACAGGAGCCACAGCGUGUGUCCCAGCAAGCACCCCGUCAGAGAGCCUUUCCUCUGCUGAGCUGUGGCCGAGGUCACGCCUGUGUUGCCAGGGCCGGCCAAGCUGGCCUAGCCCAGAGCUGGCACCGUGUGGUCCUGCUCCAGGCAGGGGAAGGCCCUCCAUGCCAGGGCCUCUCUCUUCCUGUCUUUGUCAUCGCUCUGUUUGUGUUCUACUAAUCUAUAAUAAAGGUUUAGACGUUUUGA